AUGGAUCGAGGAUUUAUCUUGCAGCACAUUGGUGGGUUAAAUAGUUCUAAAUAACUAAUGUUCAAGGGGUUGAGGGUGAAGGUUACAGUAUGAUUAACUGGGAUUCCACAGCCGGAAUAGGUGCUUUUUAACACAAUGUUCCCUCAACUAUCCGCUCUUGGGAAGGAGCCUUUUGAUUAAAGAAAAAUUGGUCUUAGCGGUAAACGAGUGUAUCAUCACGAUGAUUAACCGCCAUCUUUUUCACAAUAUGGAUAUCACUCCGCUUUCUCGCAGAAACGUGAUGAGAAGAAAGACAAAGAUUAACUAGGGAACAUUGUUUGAUUUGACACAAAAUUCUUGGAGCUAAUUAUGAGACAUCUGUAAAAGUACAAGAAUAUGUUGGUUUCUUAUUUCUGUUUACAGGAAUAUGUAAAGUACACAUUAAUCAGACCAGUGGAGUCAUUACCACCCCAAAUUACCCUAACAACUAUCCGAACUAUAUGGACUGUCUCUGGACGAUACAGCUUCACCCUGCCAUGCUAAUCCCGCUAGUAUGCGACGAAAUUGCCAUAGAAAAGGAAGAAGGCUGUCCGUAUGAUUACAUGGAGAUACUGGAGGGCGAUGGUCUUCACUCUACGGUCAUAGAAAGACAUUGCGGAGUUUUGAAUCGAUCUCUGACAAUCGAGCGAAACGGAAGUUUGAGCAUACGGUUCGUGUCCGACCAGGAUAAAGAAAAUAAAGGAUUCCGUUGUUCAUAUAACAUUCUCAGAGGUUGGUUUGUAAUAAUCUAUAUCCAUUUAAAGUGCUGUAACUCUAAGUUACCAAACUAAUUAGCACUUUCUUUUCAUGAUGCAUCACACAGCUCACAUAUAUUCUAUCUGUCUCUGUUACGUGUUCCUUUGAAGAGAGAAUCAAGCUAAGCGAUUAAAUCCCUUGGCAGACGUCUUGCUCCAAAGAUCGUGCCUCUCAUGUUACUCAAAUUCUCUGAUUUGUGGGCAAUCACUUGCCAUCUGAAGAUUUAAUUCGUUUCGUAAAUACUAUUUGUAAAGCUACAUGAGAGAGAUCUAAAAAAAGCUUAUUAGAAGGGAUAAGGUCUUUACGUAGUGUGCAGUCUCUUGAUUUGAUCCUCUCACCCCGUCGUCAUCAAGAGGCGAAGAAAUGUGCGGCUGUAAUCGCCAAAUACCACAAAUCGUAAACUUGUUCAAUAUAAAUGACUAAACGACAAUAUUUCUGUAAGGAAAGUAAGUAAAUAAUUAUCAACACUUUUUUACUUAUUUAACUGGACUUGUGUGGAAAUUAGAAAGUUGUCUUCUGCUCUUAUUCGAGUAGCUUUUCAUGGUCCUAGGAUUAUAGUUAAGAUAUAAUGAUAUUUAUUUCUGAUGAUCUCUUAAAGAUUGUGAUAUAAUUCCCCUAGGUAAUUAACAGAUUAACUGGUUUGGUAGCACAUAAAGUACCAUUAUAUCACAAACCAAAUUCUGUCAUAAGAUAACUGACCCGCACAAACUUGACAAAGAUUAUCACUCUAUAAUUCAUAUGAACAUCACUGGACUAGUAACCUAACUGCACGAAAAAGGAAAAAGUCAAAUAGACAUGUGUCGUGCGCACUACUUGACGCUGCAACAAUUGAUGUCCCUUGUGACUCUCCUCAUGUGCUCACACCAUUUGUCGUUAGUUAGAGGAUAUUGGACGCAGUGGACAGAGUGGACGGAGUGUUCCCGCCAUGAAAACCAGACUAGAAGCAGAACGUGCAUAAAUCCUUUGUCAGAAAGCGGACUGGAUCUGCUUUGUGGUGAAAUAGCAGAAACAGAGAGGCGGAAAUGUAGUAAGUAGACGUUCACAUUUAUUUGCUGAAGCAAAUGAUAAUGUUGUUGGUCAGUUGAUCAUCUGACUUCGAAAUAAUGAUAAGGGAAAAGGUAAUGUUCAUCUGAUUUGUUUACCACGAGGAUGAUCACAGACCGAAUUGGAACGACACAAAGCCUUAUUACCAAUUUAUUUUAGUAAAAAUUAAGAAAAAUAGCCAAGUUACGGAAGAAAAGGAAACUUGCCAUCAGGAAAAAGUCUCAAUUUAAGAGUCUGAAGCCUGUUUUUAAGGUGAUUGAAACCAAGGUUGUGAUUGGUUGAUUUAGACUACAACUUUGAAUCUCAUUGGUUAAUUUAAAUCAAAACUUUGAAUGUGAUUAGCUGAUUGAACUAUCCGAUAACAAACUGUCCAACAACAAGCAAUCCGAUAACAACUUUUGGAGCGUUAUAACUUCAAAUUAUAAUUUUUUGAGACAACAGGAAAACUGUUGGUGAACACUAGUGUAAACUCCAAAGCACGUUUGUGUCCCUGGAGUUGUUACUCAUGAGGUGAUGAAAUAAUAAUUUCCUCCAUUUCAGCUGGAGAGCUAUUUCACAUUACAGAUUGGGAAGGAGAACUACGUACUCCAGACUACCCUAACACAUACCCCACCAACUUGGAUCUCACUUGGAUUAAGUCUGUUUCACCUGGAAAUAAAGUAAAGAUCACUAUGCAAGAUUUUAAGGUAAAGAAUAAGGCAAACUUAAUAACAUCAUUCUUAAGUAACUGUUGCCUUUCUUGCUAAUAAUUGGAUUGGACAUUAGCAAUCGGAUAAUCUCAAUCGCCCCAGGUGAAGUUGGAUGAACUGCAAAGCCGCCCCUUUGGUGGAGGAUUUCCCGAACUGCGACUGAUAACAGAGCCUGCCAAUAUAGUCAAUCCUCUCCUAAAGGUCACGUAAUCCAUGAAAGUUCUUCGUUUUAUGCGGAAACAGCUCUUUUAGGGUAGAUUGAUAAACUCGUAGACGGAUGUAUCCUGUUCUUAAUUAUUAGUUUUCAUGUGACUCUCAACAGACGCAAUGCAAUGGAGACUACUUAGAGAUCAGAGAUGGAGACAGCGUGGAGUCUCCGCUGAUUGAGCGACUUUGUGGGAAACCUGAUAAAUCGCCAAGUGAGAUUACUUCAUCUGGGACUAGCAUCUUAUUGCACUUCGUGUCUGACAAUGUAAAUGAUACCUUCAUGGAUUUAUCUUGCAGCACAUUGGUGGGUCAAAUAGUUCCAACUAAGUAAUGUUCAAGGGGUUGAGGGCGAAGGUUACAGUUUGAUUAACUGGGAUUCCACAGCUUGAAUAGGUGUUUUUCAACAUUGUGUUCCCUCCACCGUCCUCUACCGGGAAGGAACCUUUUGAUAAUAAAAAAACUUGGCGGUAGACGAGUGUAUCACCACGAUGAUUAUGCACCACCUUUUUUACAAUAUGAAUAUCACUCCACUUUCUCGCAGAAACGUGAUGAGAAGAAAGAUAAAGAUCAACUACGGGACAUUGUUUGAUUUAACACAAAACUCUCGGAGCUAAUUAAGAGAAAUGAAGGGUGGAUCGCACGUAGAAAUUACAAUUUGUAAUCGGGAGUUUAUAACAAUUAAUAGACACCUGUAAAAAUACCAGAAUAUCCUGGUUUCUUAUUUCUGUUUACAGGUAUAUGUAAAGUACACAUUAAUCAAACCAGCGGAGUCAUCACCACGCCAAAUUACCCUGACAACUACCCGAACUAUAUGGACUGUCUCUGGACGAUACAGCUUCACCCUGCCAUGCUAAUCCCGCUAGUAUGCGACGAAAUCGCCAUAGAAAAGGAAGAAGGCUGUCCGUAUGAUUACAUGGAGAUACUGGAGGGCGAUGGUCUUCACUCUACGGUCAUAGAAAGACAUUGCGGAGUUUUGCAUCGGUCUCUGACGAUCGAGCGAAACGGAAGUUUGAGCAUACGGUUCGUGUCCGACCAGGAUAAAGAAAAUAAAGGAUUCCGUUGUUCAUAUAACAUUCUCAGAGGUUAGUUGGUAAUAAUCUACAUUAACUUAAAAUGCUAUAUCUUUAAAUAACCGAGCUGAUUGGCAUUUUUUUUAUGAUACAUCGCACAGCUCACGUAUCCUCUAUCUCCUCUGUUACGUGUUCCUUUGAAGAGAGAAUCAAGCUAAGCGAUUGAAUCCCUUGGCAGAUGUCUUGCUCAAAGUUCGUGCUUCUAAUAUUACUCAAAUUGUCUGGUUUGUCAGCAAUCACUUGCCAUCUGAAGAUUUAAUUCGUGCCGUAAAUACUAUUUGUAAAACCACAUGAGAGAGAUCUAAAAAUAGCUUAUUAGAAGGGAUAAGGACUUUACGUAGUGUGCAUUCUCUUGAUUUCUUCUUCUCGCCUCGUUGCCACCAAGAAGCGUAGAAAUGUUUGGCUGUAAUCGCCAAAUACCACAAAUCGUAAACUUGCUCAAUAUAAAUGACUAAAAAACGAUAUUUCUAUAAGGAAAGUGAGUAAAUAAUUAUCAACACUUUAUUACCUAUUUAAUUGGACUUGUGUGAGAAGUAGAAAGCUGUCUUCUGCUCUUAUUCGAGUAGCUUUUCAUGGUCUUAAGACUAUUAUUAAGAUAUCAUAAUGUUUAUUACUGAUGAUCUCUUAACGAUUGGGAUGUAAUUACCCAUAGUUAUUAACAGAUUAACUGGUUUGAUAGCACAAAAAGUACCAUUAUAUCACAAACCAAAUUCUGUCAUAAGAUAACUGACACGCACAAACUUGACAAAGAUUAUCAUUCUGUAAUUCAUGUAAACAUCACUGGAAUAGUAACCUAACUACACGAAAAAGGAAAAAGUCAAAUAGA